AAGUGUUAUUUAAGUAUUAGUGAUUAGUUUAAUGAAAAUAGUUCCCUGUAGUGGUGGGUAUCACUAGCAUGUGAUACCACCUGUCAUCAUUCACCACGGAAAAUAAUAAGAACGAGACAAAGCGCCCAAAACGCAAAAGGAUAUCCGACAUGAGGGUGGACUUCCGCGGACUGAAGUGCGCCACAGCCACGGCACUCAGAGCAGGAAUCAAAGCUGCAAUGUACGAAAGCAGUUGUUCUUACGCCGGGGCCUUGGAACUGAAACGUAGUGCACUUAAAGAGGAGCCCUGGCCGACCACAGAAUGGCCUCCAUACCGGCUUCACCAAUCAACCUUCGAGCAGCUAAAACAGAGCGUAGAAAAGGCCAAAGCGGCUCUGCAAGACCGCUCCGGACUACUGGGCACGGCGACGGCCUUCGGUGACUUCUACGGCGGACAGCUGGGCCAGGACGCCACCAGCACCGCCCUCGGCUUCGGCAGGACCACGAGAACAGAGGACUCUAUGCUAAGCGCUAUAGAUAAAAGCAAAACUCUAGGAUCAGACAAACUGGCCAGCGGUCUUGGAAAGGGCUACUCCACAGCCACACCUACGCUGUCCGAUUCUCUACGUGCCACCAAAUGUUCAGAUGCCUCAUACAAAAGCACUUGGUCUACACAUGCAUCAUCCCAAGGAUCACAAGGCUAUGGCACCAACUCGUUGUCCGCGAUGUCGAAGUCCUCACUCGACGCGCACACGCAUCUCCGUCAGCCGGAUCCUUAUCAAAUGUUUGGUCCAACGAGUAGUCGUCUGGCAAAUUCAGGAUCAGGUCAAAUCCAACUCUGGCAGUUCCUGCUGGAACUUCUGAGUGACUCGAGCAACGCAGGCUGCAUCACCUGGGAGGGCACCAACGGCGAGUUCAAGCUGACCGACCCGGACGAGGUAGCGCGCCGGUGGGGCGAGCGCAAGUCCAAGCCCAACAUGAAUUACGACAAACUGAGCAGGGCUCUCAGAUACUACUAUGACAAGAACAUCAUGACUAAGGUCCAUGGCAAACGCUAUGCCUAUAAAUUCGACUUCCAAGGGCUAGCGGCGGCCACACAACCGGCGGCGAGCGAUCCGGCAUAUAAAUAUCAAAGCGAUCUUUUCAUGAGCUCUUACCAUCACUCGGCAAAGCUCUCGUCGUUCAUGGCUCCCCACGCAGCCAUGCCGACAUCAACAGCGUCGAUUUUCCCGUCGGCGUCGUGGAGCAACUGGGGCGGUGGGGGGAGCAACCUCUACUCCCCCCACUCUAUGGCCCCACCCCACGUGACGUCGCAUCUGGGCUCGUAUCCGCACUACGCAUGACCAGCCAUAUAAUUCGACGAUACACCAAACGACGACAGUAAUAUGGAUACUCUUUUUGUUAAUUAUUAUUUAUCAAUUUUUACGCUUCUCUUGUCUAUGUACCUACGGUUAAUUUUUAACUCGUUAUUAGCUAUAUUUUGCCAAACACUUGUUAUAUUACCCACGAGGAUGGUUUUCGGUGCACCUAGUCUGUGGUAUUGAUAAGGUUCAGUUGACUGGAAAACAAACAAAAACCAAGGUGAAUGGGUA